CCUUCGACGAUAGUCGUUGGCUUUGCUGGAUGGGCCUGUCGAGGACAGGGUGCUGGCAGUGGCGGACCCAGGAUUUUGAGAUAGGUGUGUCGACCAAUAAAAUAAAAUUAAAAAUAAAUUAAUCAACAUGAAUUAAUUAAUUAGUUAAAAAUUAACAAAAAAAUUUAUUCAUAAAUUUCACCAAUUUUAUUAUUUCUUACAGUGAACCACGACGAUUUUUCAUAUUCUUAAAGAUUUCUUAAUUGCAUUUUUCCAUUAGGUUGCAAAUCAAAUAUUUUUUAUGUACAAAAUGAAACAAUUAUUCAUAAACUGAUCACUCAACUUAUACCAAAGAUUGUUCUUGAUUAAACUCAUAUAUGAAAAAUGUCAUUUUAUAGCUUGCAGUUGCAAGAGGUAAAAAUCAAUACUAAUUUAAGAUGAGAAAUUUGGUAUGAGAAUCUCGAAGGGUGGUCACAUGUGUCAACAUGAAAAUUUGAAUGAGCAUGAGGAUGUCGUUUGCUCGAUGCCGAUAAUUGAAGGGUGGCUACACGCGUCAACGUGGAAAGAAAUAACUAAACUAGAAAGCAAGUUGAAAAAUAACUUAAAGAAAAAUCUAUGGAAGAAGCUAUGGAGAAAGACAGCCUGGAAUUCACAAUCUAAUUAUUUUACUCAACCACCUUAUUAAUCAAAUUUAAUUCACAUUCAAAUUAUCGAUGUUGUCUCUAAGGUGAUAGCUAUCUUUCUAAAUACUCAUUAUGUACUAAGUAGUCAAUUAAUUGUGUACUCUUGUGCAACCAACUAAUUAACUACCUAAUAUGAAGCCCGAUAACUCAUCUAUUUGCAUAUUUUAAUAACAUUAUGACAAUUUUUUUUUGUAAUGUAAUAACGUGUGUCGAUUACAAUUAUUAGAGGUGUGUCGGAGGUCCCAUAUUCGUAUUUUUUACGCCGAAAAUUUGUGGGUUCUUCACAAAAAUUUCGAACCAAGGUGUGUCGGGUGACACCUUGGUCAAAGGUGGGUUCGCCCCUGGGUGCUGGAGUGGGCUUUGUGGGGCAUGAUCCGUCCAACAAUCUCUUAUUUGCUUGCCAUGGGUAGGUUUUAUGAUGGUAUCGAUGACUCUUUUCUUGUUGCUUUGUUGGCUUUUCGUGAUGCUUUAGACUGGUGCUUAACCCAUCAUUUUCUGUUGGUCCGCUGUCAUGGGGAUUCCAUUGUGACUGUUUAGCGGCUAUUGGAGGGAGGUUCCGAGCAUAUGACAGGAGGGGUGAUCCUAGAAGACACCUACAGGCUAGGAAAAGCUUUUGAGUUUUGUUCUUGCUCUCAUGUUACUCUUCGAGUUAAUAGAGCAGCCCAUUUUAUGGCAAAAAAUGCUCUUUCAUAAAAAGUUCAACGAUUAGUCUACUUUCGCCUGUGGAUUGAUUAUGUUCUCUGACUAUGUAUCCGGACCUCCGUGGUGGAAGCUCUUGUCCUCAGAGGAUCAUCCACAGACUGAAAUUGGAUUCCUUUAGCUAGAAUGACCUCCUUAUGCGGUCCAAGAAGAACUAUCCCGCCCGCCGAAUGAGACCCAGUGAGAAGUUGGACGUAGACCCGAAGCCACACUUUCUGCGGGCAACCGUUCCUAUUCCUCACAUUGCUGAUGGUAUUGGCGAAACAAUGCCGGAAACCCAAAUUGCUUACUUUCAAAGACCACCCAAUUCCUAGAUUUCCAAAUCCACCAAAGGAUAGCCACCACCGAUAAGAUCACAGAAGGUUGAUGAAUUGGAGAGAACAACCGUUUGAGAAAUAAGGGGAAUGUGUGACGCGGUAACCCUUGUCCAAGAUGUUCCAAUCUCGCAUAGUCCCAUAUGGUCCGAGCCACUGGACAGUCCAGAAACAGAUGCUCCUUUGUUUCUGCUCCUCCCCAGCAAACUGGAUAUCAAGGAUGAACAGGCACAUGUUUUUCAAGUAACCCCUCGGUCGUGGGGAGGAUACGGUGGAAGAUCUGCUAAAGAAACACUUUCAACUUGGGAGGAAUAUCAGCAUCCCAAAGCCAAAUCCAACUAGAUCUAUCCAUCCAACUGACCAUUGACCUCCAGCAGCCCUGUCUCUUAUCUAGAUCGACAUCUAUAUGGUAGGCUGAUUUCACAGUGAACACGCCAUCCGUCGUACCAUGCCAAAUAAGUUUGUCCUCCAUAGACUGCCUCGGCAGAGGAAUAGAUUGAAUCAUACGGCAGGUAGAUGGGUCAAACCAUUGGCUGAGUUUUCGAAUAUACCAGCCUCCCCCAUUUUGGUCAAUCACAUCCGCCACUCGUGGAUCACCUCCCUCUGGGAGCACCUGAGGAUUAAACACCGGUAGGUCAGGAUGCAGGCGAGGGAUCCAAUUCGAGAAAAGCAGUGAUGCCGAUUGCCCAUCCCCAAUUUGCCAGCGCAAGCCCUUAUCAAGCAGUUGCCUUCCAAACAGAACACCUUGCCACCCCCAGGAAGGACGCGAGCGUGCUUGAGCCUGAAGGAAAGUCCCGUUUGGGAAAUACUUCCCUUUGUAUACUUGGGCUAACAGGGACUGGGGCUACUGGAGGAUCCGCCGUCCAAUUUUAGCCAGUAAAGCCUGAUUAAAAUGUUCAAAACGAGGGAAACCCAUUCCCCCCACAUGUUUACUUCGACACAUAUUACGCCAUGACAGCCAAUGGAUUCGGGAUUGGUCAUUCGUCACUCUCCACCAAAAUCGGGCCACAUGUUUAUCUAGAAGCCGAAAAGAAAAGGAAGGAGAAAAUUUGUGGCCAGUUUAUUUCUGAUGCGGGAAGCCUUAUUACAAAACUGAACAAAGAAGGCCUCGGGAAAACGGUUACAGAGGAAAAUAUUUAAAAUAAAAAUUCUGAUGACCGAGAGUUGCGGAGAAUGCUUGAGGGCUGACGUGGAGGGCCUCUUUUUAUCAAACCCCUUUUAAUAUAUUGUAAGACUUAAUGAUGAAACCAUUAAGGCCCAUUAAGAGUUUUAAGUGCACUUGUAGUAACCAAUCAUAAUUAUUUAUCAUCAUGUCUAAUAAUGACCAACGACUUAGGCGAAACCGUUCACCGGAGGCCAUAUCGACCACCGCCAGCCUUCUCCCACCAAACCACCACCAACGCCAUCAAUGGACACACAUAGAAUCACCGGUAAAGCCAAUCCAGCAAGAUGAUACAAACAGAAAUUAACACACUGCUGAUUGUAGCACACGACAUCAAAACAAAUAUGGGCUCGAUUCGUUAUUAUCAUUAUUGUCAGAGGUGUCAAUCAAUCCACCGUAAUCCGUCAGGAAUUCACAUUCACCAAACAUUUCUAAUACGGCGAACAAUGCUAUAGCUCCAAUAUAGACACCAUAUAUCUUGAAGGAAAUCGAGAAAAAGAAGCUCAUGAAUUCGAUGGCCGCGGGAUGGACAGAUCCGUUUGAGUGAAUUCCAGUAAGAUUCAGAAUCAGGGAGAUGGCCGUAACAUUCUCCUCCUUCGACGCCGACGCCAGGCCGAAUUCCAGAGGAGGGCUACUUUUCUUUAUCAAUGGAACUUAACUGAGUUUAUAUCUCCACCGGUGGGAGGUUUCCGACAAUAGCGUCGUUUUCAGCCAAAUCCUGGCUGUUAAAUGGUAGCUAAGAGCUACGGUCAGCUUGCUAGUAUCGAUCGGGAAGGAAAUCGAUGCUUGUGAGCACUUAUCAUAAGAGAUUACACCUCUUUCCCCAAAUGCUCGCCCUGUUUCCCCCUCCGUAGAUAUGCUUGGCUGCUGGCUAGAGGUGGCAAUUGGAUCGGAUUCGUGGAUUCGUAGAUUGGAUUGGUGGAUCAAUGUAUCAAAUGGAUUGGAUCCAAUGGAUUGGUGGAUUCAUGGAUUGGAUCAAAUGGAUUGGUGGAUUGAUCCAUGAAUCCAAAUGACAACCAAGGCUUGGACCAAAAUGUAAAUUUUGAAAAGUUUAGGUACUAAAAAUGUCACGAUAAAAAAUUUUAGGUACC